AUGGAGGACAUGGUCAGACUUGACAUCAGUGGAACGAUGUUCAGGACAAAGAAAAGUACAUUGCAGAAAAUCCCAACCAGUCGUUUGGCGAACAUAAAAGACUCAUGCGAGGAAUACGACAGGAAAUCGGGUAUUUAUAUUUUUGACAGGGAUGCUGUCUCCUUCAGAUACAUACUGAAUGCCUAUAUUAACGGGGAGUUGCAUGCGCCGAAAGACGUCUGCCCCAACCAGUUCAGAAGAGAGCUCGAUUUCUGGGAUAUUCCAAUCAAGCUGUUGUCACUUGUCAUAGUGCUCACCAUUUGGACGCAGGUUGGUGUUAGAGUUGACCUCUACAUUGAGCCAAAUACCAACGCUGUUCCGAAUUACACAUACUUCAACAUGCCUAUUGAAAUAAAAACAUAUUUGGAGCAUGAAUAUUCCCCGAUACUUCUCUUACUGGGUCUAACCGACCCCCACCCAGCCCUUCUCGCAGUCGACGUAUUCUGCAUGGCUGUUUUCAUUGUGGAGCUGAUUGUGCAUUUUUGUGCCUGUCCCAGUAAAAGUCAGCACUUGAGAAGCAAGUUCAACGUUGCAAAAAUACUUCUCUGCAUCUGUAUGAUUACUGCUUCGGGACUAGAAAUGAAUAAAUCACUGAUAUUUGAAAAUAACCAACUGUUGAACUUUUGCCUCAUCGUGAAAAGUAUCAGUGUUUUCAGACUUAUAUUCAUAUUUCGUUUGCGAAAAUUGUACAAAGACUUCGAUCUCCUACUGUUGUCGAUCAGCCACAGUUUCUCGGAGCUUGUACUGCUGCUGUUCAGUUUCUCCAUCCUCGUGAUCGUCUAUGGAACAAUCAUGCUCUCCACUGAAUUAGUGACCGACAAGUUCAAAAACCCACUGUACGCCAUGUGGUGGGCCCUCGUCACCAUGACGACAGUGGGUUACGGUGACUUCUAUCCGACGACAACGCUGAGCUACUUCGUUGGUGGUGUCUGCGCGGUGAAUGGACUGAUAGUGAUUGCACUUCCCACAGCUGCCAUCGCUUCAAACUUCUCCUUGUUCUAUUCGAGAAAUGGCUUUUUAAAAAAACAUAUGAAUGCUGUAAGGCAAGGUUGUGAGAAUUCAAACACGAGAAAUGGCGAUAUGACGGAGCAUUUGAAUGUUCUGAAGAUAGAACACGAGAAAUCAAACAUGAGUGAUCUAACUAAACAUUUGAAUGGCGUGAAGCAAGAAAGUUAG